GACCAACACCUUGGACACCCGGUAGUUUGACUUAAAAAGAUAACAAUAAUUCAUUUUGAAUGAAUGAGUCGAAGCUGAUUUAAUUAUGAAAAUUAAAUUGUACAGUACGUAUGUAAGGUACGUAGUAAUAAACAUUACGUGAAAUACUCAGUUCUCGACUUCUCGUAAAGAAGCGAUUCCAGCUCGUCAAACUUUGAUUCGGUUAUAAAUUCAUCAAGGUUGUUCAACCCGUAUAUACUAUAGUCAACACCAUCCGAUCACAGAGGAACUAAUUUCUAACAAAUAAUUCGUAGAUAUUAAAAAAACUAAUGCAGCUUUGAUUGUGAAACUUUCGAAGCUUGGUAGGAUUCAAUGAUCUUACAUUUUACCUGGUGAGUUGAGUAUUUUUCCUCCAAACGAGUCAAACUUCAAUAAUUUGCAUCUUAGCAACUGAAUAGAUUGUUCGAAGUAACGUUUUGUAAAACGCAGAAGUUGAAAUUCUAUGUGUUUCCUGAAUGAUAAUUUCUUUCGUUGGAUAACUUUACGAUUUCGUAUGUUUUCAUCAAGAAUGACUUUAAACAAUUCGAUGAAGAUGCUCUUUCGAAUGUAAAUGCUUAUUAAAGAAUAAUUUCUCGCUGGGUUUCUAAAAGUUUUGAUCUUUGAGCAGUACUUCGUUGGAAUUUUUCGUUGAAAGCAGCUGUACCACUCGAGUUUCAAGAUGUUUUCUAUCGUACGAGGACGUGCUCAUCUCUCGAAGAAAUUAUAUAUAAUCCAUAGCGGUAGAGUCACGAAAACAGUGUCCAAUUUACAAAGUUAUGUGGAUUUUUCUAAAAACAUUUCUUACGUACAAAAAGGUAGUAGCUCGCGAAAUCAUUGUGAUUCUUCAAAGCAGCUGCUUCAUACUCGUAAUGAUAUUUUAAAACCAGUAUUUUUUAGUUUUCCAAUCCAUCCCGAUUUUUCUCAACACUCGCGACGCAAUCACGCGAAUAGCGAAACAAAACUAUUUUCUACUUAUCAAAAACACAGCGAUUAUUCAAAAAAGUUGUCUUCCACAAGCAGAGAUCAAAUGGAUCAGAUAAGCACUCUGGUUGAAGAAUGGACAAAGCGUUACGAUUCUUUGGGCAAACUCGAUGCUAAUAUUGUCUGCGGUACUUUGAAUACUCUAUCAAGAUUUCAUGUUUUUGAUAAGAAAUGGAAUGAAAAAGAUCAGGAAAACUUCAAAGUACUGAUUGUUCAAAUAGCAGUAAAAGCGAAUCAAUUAUUUGACACGAAUCGUCAAUCUGUUAAUAAAUUAAAACCGUGGCAGAUCGCGAAUACCUUGAAUGCGCUGUGCGGAUGGAAUGUAUUUAGAAAAGAUAUCUGGAACGUUACCGUUCAAGUGCACGGUAAAGAAGUGAGCGAAGUCCAGCUGUUCAAGUCUGUCAUCGUUAAACUAAUCAAUCAAGGAAACAGUUUACUAGAUCCUAGUAACAAAACAGUCGAUCAGUUCGAUUCUCAGGCUGUAACCAACUGCUUGAAUGCUUUGUCCAAAUGGAACAAGAAUGAGUUAGAAGGAGCUAGCGAGUUCGUCGUUAAAUUAAUGAAACAAGGUUGUAUUGUGGCCAGUGAAUCCGCUUCAACGCAGCGUAAUAUAGAAGAUGAAAAACACGUUUGUAUGGGAGUCAUGAAAACCUUGAAAGCUAUGUCUAAAUGGCACAACGAGGAAUUACAAGGAUCUAGAGAGUUUAUGACUCAAGUACUUGUAAAAGGAACUUCACUCGCCAAUAAAUUCAACUCCAUAGAGAUCGCCAAUGGUCUAAACGCCUUAUCUAAAUGGAACAUUAAUGAUUUUCCAGAAGCCAGAAGCUUCAUCGUUCUACUAAUAAAACGAGGAAAUGUGAUUAUCGAUCAAUUCAACUGUCAAGGAGUUUCCAAUUGUUUGAACGCUCUGUCGAAAUGGAAUAUCAAUGAAUUACAAGGCGCCAAAGAAUUCAUAUCUCUAUUAGUUAAACGUGGAAGUGCUACGGCUAACGGAUUCAAUCCUCAAAACAUUUCCAAUAGUUUGAACGCAGUCUCGAAAUGGAAUAUUGAUGAAAUACAAGGAACUCGGAAAUUUAUCGUCGAGUUAGUCAAAUGCGGAAAUCUAAGUGUCAAUAUGUUUAAUUCGCAAGGAGUUUCCAAUGCUUUAAACGCAUUUUCCAAGUGGAACAUCGAUGACUUCAAAGGUGCUAGAAAAUUCAUCAAUCAGCUAAUUGAACGAGGAAGGUUCACGAUCGAUGGAUUCGAUUCUCAAGAAAUUGCCAACAGCUUGAACGCUCUUUCGAAAUGGAACAUCGAUGAGUUUCAAGGAUCCCAAGAGUUCAUCACCAAUUUAAUUCAACGAGGCAGCGCAACAACUGGUGGAUUUCAUUCACAACACAUAGCCAGCAGCUUGAACGCUGUGUCCAAGUGGACAAUAGACGAGUUGCCUGGAGCCACAGAAUUCAUCUCUCAGUUAUUAAAACAAGGCAGCUCUAUGGUUUCUGAAUUCGACUCUCAGCAGAUCUCAAACUGUUUAAACGCCCUUUCGAAGUUUAAUAUCACCGAAUUUCCAGGAUCUAAAGAUUUCAUCAUUCAGUUACUCAAAAGAGGUAUUUCAACGAGCAGUGAAUCUAUUCCUCUAUGUAUAGCUACGAGUCUGAAUGCUUUAUCUAAAUGGAAAAUAAACGACGAAUUACCCGAAGCUAGAGAAUUCAUAGUCAAGUUGAUACAAGAAGGAAGCUUGAAAGUGGGCCGAUUCGAUUCUCAGAAUAUUGCCAACAGUUUGAAUGCAUUGUCUAAAUGGAAUAUAGAUGAAAUCGAAGGAAGCAGGGAGUUCAUUGUGCAGCUCGUGAAACGUGGAAAUUCAACAAUCGAUUCGUUCGAUUCUCAAAAUACCUCAAAUUGUUUAAACGCUCUUACUAAAUGGAACAUUGAUGAGUUCGAAGGAUCGAAAGAAUUUAUCGUGAAUCUGAUCAAACGUGGAAGUCUUAUAAUUGGUGAAUUUAAUCAUCAAGGUGUUACUGCCACUUUAAACGCGUUAUCUAAGUUGAAAAUCGAUACGUUGGAAGAAGCUGAGAAAUUCAUCAUUCGAUUGAUAAAGCGAGGACAUUCAACAGUCGACAAGUUCAAUUCUCUGGAUAUCGCUAAUAGUUUAAAUGCCUUUUCCAAAUGGAGUAUUUACGAAUUCGAAGGCUCAAAAGAGUUCAUCAUGGAGCUAAUAAGAUGCGGAAAUUUACUCGCCAACGAAUUUACUCCCGUGCAAAUUGCAGGUACUCUGAAUGGUCUGUCAAAAUGGAACAUCGACGAUUUUUUCGGAACUAGAGAAUUCAUUGAUCUAUUAAGUGAACGAGGUUGUUCAACAGUUGACGAAUUCCAACCUCAAGAAAUUGCCAAUAGUCUUAAUGCCUUGUCAAAGUUGAAUAUCAAUGAAUUUCGAGGAGCUAGGGAAUUUAUUGUUCGCUUAAUAAGGCGAGGGCAUUCAACAGUCGACAAGUUCAGUUAUAUAGACAUCGCUAGUAGUUUAAAUGCUUUAUCUAAGUUGGAUAUUGAAGAAUUCAACGGAUCAAAAGAAUUCAUUGUAGAGCUGAUUAGAUGUGGAAAUUUAUUCGUCGACAAAUUCGAUCCUCUAGAAAUUGAAAGCAAUCUGAAUAGUUUGUCGAAAUGGAACAUCGGUGAUAUUCAAGGAGCUAAGGAGUUCGUCGGUCUAUUGGUUAAACGAAAACGAGGUUGUUAACAAUUGAUGAAUUGAAUUCCAACCUCAAGAAAUUGCCAACAGUUUGAAUGUCUUUUCUUUUUCUAUGUGAAAUACAUAUUAAUUAAUGAAUUUCGAGGAACUUGAAAAUGUACCUAUUAUUCGAUUAAUUAAUGUGGGAAGUUUAAAAUUGAAUAUCAAACACUUUUUAAAUGUAUAAAAAUGAAAAAAAUUUCUGUUCUGUUCUAAUUGUUUUUAGUCGCCUGUAUUUUAUUUUUAUAGUCUCCUUGUAUGUAAAUUUCAGAAAUUCUUAUGUUGUUAUUUCUCAAAUGUUCGUUUCGUUAUUUUUUAUUUUUUUUUUUAUAUUUGCAUUUACGGUAUGUAAUUUUUAAUAAAUCGAUUAAAAUUGAAACCAU